AGAAAUAUUUGAAAUAAAAGACAACAGAUAGGGGCGGCAGCGAAGGCAGCAAGAGGCUGAGGGGCCAAUAACCUCCAACGAGGGGAUCGCUGCAAUCUGGUCCGUGUUUGCUGAUGAUAAUGCGUCUUUCCAAAGCCCUGAUAGACAUGGAGAUGGCAGAUUAUAGCGCAGCGUUAGACCCAGCUUACACCACUCUGGAGUUUGAGAACAUGCAGGUGCUGGCUAUGGGCAAUGACACAUCUCCAUCAGAAACAACCAACCUUAAUGCAUCCAACAGCCUCGGGGUGAGUGCACUGUGUGCCAUCUGUGGGGACCGUGCCACAGGGAAGCAUUACGGUGCCUCUAGCUGUGAUGGCUGCAAAGGCUUCUUCAGGAGAAGCGUCAGGAAGAACCACAUGUACUCCUGCAGGUUUAACAGACAGUGUGUUGUAGACAAAGACAAAAGAAACCAGUGUCGCUACUGCAGGCUUAAGAAGUGCUUUCGAGCGGGAAUGAAGAAGGAAGCUGUGCAAAAUGAACGUGAUCGAAUCAGCACCCGGAGGUCCAGUUAUGAAGACAGCAGCCUGCCUUCCAUCAAUGUCCUACUGCAGGCAGAAGUCCUUGCACAACAGAUAUCAUCACCAGUUUCUGUGAUCAGCGGAGAUAUCCGAGGGAAGAAGAUAGCUAACAUCGCAGAUGUCUGCGAAUCAAUGAAGCAGCAGCUGCUGGUGCUGGUGGAGUGGGCCAAAUACAUCCCAGCUUUCUGUGAGCUGCCCCUGGAUGAUCAGGUGGCAUUGCUGCGGGCACAUGCAGGAGAACACCUACUCCUGGGAGCUGCCAAGAGGUCGAUGGUGUUUAAAGAUGUCUUGUUAUUAGGAAAUGACCAUAUCAUCCCGAGGAAUUGCCCAGAGCUGGUGGAGGUGAGCCGUGUGGCCAUCCGCAUCCUCGAUGAACUGGUUCUGCCAUUCCAGGAGCUUCAGAUUGAUGACAAUGAAUACGCCUGCUUGAAAGCCAUCAUCUUCUUUGACCCAGACGCCAAAGGGCUGAGCGACCCCACUAAGAUCAAGAGGAUGCGGUAUCAGGUGCAGGUCAGCUUGGAGGAUUACAUCAAUGACCGGCAGUACGACUCGCGGGGCCGGUUCGGCGAGCUGCUUCUCCUACUUCCCACCCUUCAGAGCAUCACCUGGCAGAUGAUAGAGCAGAUCCAGUUUGUCAAGCUCUUCGGCAUGGCCAAAAUCGACAACCUGCUGCAGGAGAUGCUGCUGGGGGGCUCAACAAAUGAAGCACCUCAUCCUCAUCACCCUUUGCACCCUCACCUGAUCCAGGAGAAUCUGGGGACGAACGUCAUAGUAGCCAACACGAUGCCUGCUCACCAGAUGCAUAAUGGGCAGAUGUCAACACCAGAAACUCCCCAGCCUUCCCCACCUGCAGGCUCAGGGUCUGAGCAGUACAAGCUACUCCCUGGGGCCAUCGCUACCGUGGCAAAACAGCCGACCUCAAUCCCUCAACCCACCAUCACGAAACAAGAAGUCAUCUAGCAUCAGGCAAAAGGAAAUCAGUCUGUUUUAGAAAGACUGUGUUGGAGAGAGCCCCUGAAUGACUCUGUCACUAUGAAAAAAGGAACCAUCCAUAGAUUCCUGGGCACAAGCACACAGACUUGUUUAUUGGAACAGCAAAAAGCCGUCUUCAUGGGGCUACACAAAGCCUGUGCCAGGAGCCAGCUGAGAAUUACAUAACUGCAAGUUAAAGCCUCAGUGAAAUUCUUAUUGCUAAUAAGACAGCCUGGAUUCCAACCUCAAGCCUGCUGACGGUUGUCUCAAGAUCUGCAUUGACUGGCUAUGAGGUUGCACCUGGCCAUUUCUCUACUGCCUUGGAGUUGUUUCAAAGCAAACCCGACUACAUUAAAAAUGAGUCUCCAGAUAAACCCAUUGUGUCUGCAUGAAAGGAGAUGCCUGCUGUCUUUAAAGCUUCCCAAAAUAGUUCCAAGCCACAGCCAAAGUUAAUGGAGCUAAAAAUUCCCUGGAAAGCACAGUCCCAGGACAAGAGGACUGCGCUUUGCAUCAGUCACUACUGAAAUAACCAAUGCCUUACUGCCUUGUCCACAUCUACUGCCUUGGGUCAGGGCUAAGGGGUCAUUAGAAGAUAUUUUCAGGGAUGACAAAAUCCUGUGGUAUACCCUUCUGCCUUAAAUGCUGGUAAAAUGAACCCCAUGACUAAUGAUUACACAAAGCCUGGUCCACAUAGUGACUGAUGUGGGCUGGGACAUCAUUGGCCCAUUAGGAGUCACUACCAGUUUAGAUGUUUCAUCUCUUGGAGGGAUGCUGUGGUUCAUUAUCCCAGCACUAUGAUUUCCUUCCCACAAUAUUGACUGAAGGGGACAAAUGUCACCAAGUUUGCCAUUAUGUUAUGCCAGUAUUGUUGCUAAAUGGACUGGAAUGAUGGUGGGGACAUGAGGGCUCAGCAGAUAUUAGGGAAUGUCUCAAGGAAGAGGGAGAUGAGGGACAGUAUUUACUCAUCACCCUGAAAGCCUGCACAGACCUCAGUGAGAUGACUGGCAGGGAGCAGUGCCAAUCCCCGGCAUUGCUAGGCCUCUAUUGCCACUUACAUGGUUAGCAUUAAACAGAAACUUCUUCACAGGGGUGAAGUAGAACCUGUACUUAGGUGGGUAUGGAGCAAAGAGGCAUGAAGAGAAGUGGGGAAGAGUAAGGAGAGAAGGGCCCCAGCCAGAAAGAUGAUUAGAGCUGUUUCCCCAGUGUUUGAAACCCAGGGCUUUAGUUCAAGCUUGUCUUCAAUCCUAAAUGAUUAAAUGUCCAGCAGAAUUCACAUGCUAAGGGCCAAGGUGACAGAUUUUUCACAACAGCC